GAAGUUAGACACCAACAUUAUUGGAUGCCGACUCAGUAGUUUAGAGGUUAAGCGUUCGCGCGCGACACCGAAGACCCUGAGUUCGAAUUCCGUAUACGAGAUCGUGUACGCAAACUGUUGAGGAGUCCCAGGCGAAACGGUCAUAAAACAGUACUUCCAGGUUUCGAUGGUGGUCUAGUCUAAAUCAACUCAUGAAUCCACUUGUUAAAAUUGCUACAAUCUCCACAAAUCCUAUUCUGAUCACAAUCUCAGUAUGAUUGUUUGACAAUACAUUUCUCAGUAAAUGUGACAAAAAUCAACAUAAAAUAGGUUUUUUAAAAUCGCCAUUUGAAAUUUAUUGAAUUUCCACAUGUGGAGUUGAUUCAGAAUCCCAAAUAGGACAAAACGCACGUCCUGGAUUCCACUGUUAGCCACUCUCCGUCUUUGACUACAAAAGCUUGUGAAUUAAGGCAAUAUCGAGGCAUACUCACAGUAUGUACAUAUGCCAAUAACAGACUGAUCAAUUGCAGUCUUAAAUCUCAAUGAGAAGAUACAAGCAAAACAAUACCAAGUGAAUACAGAUACCAUUUUUUUAAGAACAAGAAUUUACACAACUGUUCACGAUUCCAAGGAAAUUCCACAAUACCUACUACCUUAUGUUGAAAUCUAUCAUGUACUCACUAGUGGUUAAUUUCGAGACAAAAUUUCUAGAGUUCUAGAGAGAGGCUGUGACUAGUAGAGUUCAACUGUCUUGGGUAAGAAGGAGUUACUCACUGAAAAUAAUGGGAAAUUGUUGUGCAAUCUUACAGAUUGAUCAAAGUUAAACAUUUACACUGUUGGAUGUCAACUCAGUGGUCUAGAUGUUGUGCAUUUAUGCUCAAGACCGAAGGUCCUGAGUUCGGUCCCUGCUUACUAGAUCACGGAUGCACAUCGCUGGGUGGUGCUCUACUAGAAUGAAACGCCUGUUCAGUUCUUCCAAGUUUUCUAUGGUAGUCUAACGGUAACUAGUUCAUGAUUUCAAUGAAAUUCAAUAAUUUUUACAACCCCGUACCGAAAAUCUAGAAGACAUAGUUUUUUAGUUAGGUCUGAUUAAAAAAACCCACCUACAUUUGAAAAAAACCACAACAAAAUAUGCUCAUAAGUUAUUUAGGAUAUGAGUCAGUAAAUACUGUUAUGUAAGGAAAGUGUCAUUUUUAUUCAUUUAAUGAUGAUGAGAAGAAAUAAUAAACUCGGUAUCGACAGUUUUAUAUGCACUAAAUGUUUUUGAGAACCUUAUUCAUCAAUCAUACCGUUUAGAAAUACUUAACAUAUUUAUUUUGCUCUACUAUUUUUCACUCUGAAAAGGUACAUUAUUUUAGUAAAUAGAAUUAAAUGUUUAUUAAUCAGUUGUUCUAUCAUUUGUUUCGUUUAGGUUGUGUGUAGCUAACCAGUGGAAUUUUAUUGAUUUUAUUUAUUCGAUAGUGAUUGAAAUGUUAUCAAUAACGGUCAAUAAUAUUCACUAUAUAUCCCGAACUGAAUGAAGUUUUAGAUAUCAAUAAGUUGAUUUUUAUAUUGUAACAGUUUAAAAGUCACUUGCUUUUCCAAAAGAUCUGAUUGGUUCUGAAUCCAGUUUUACUGAAGAUGUGCACUACUGCUGGAGAGUUCGAAACAAGUAGGGAAUAGCAGUCAGUGUUACAUUACUAUGUUACUUCCUUACACCUCUUACCUCUCCUGGAACAUAGGUCACUGACCACGAUUCUCCAACCUAUUUCGUACUGGUCUCUCCUUCCUAGCUGUUGUCAAGUUCUGUCUAUUCUUUUAAUGGCUGCUUUCAGUCCCAAGCCCAAUGUGCUCUUUGGUCUGCCUCCUUUCGUCAGUUUUACAUGGUCUUUAACAAUUCAUCAGCAGGAAUCAGUCUGUGAUGAAAAGAUAUUUCAACAUAGAAUAUUGCCACUUUGAACAAAGGUCUAUAAAUGACGGAAAAUUAGUAGGUAUCCUAGGAAAAUCUGAAAUUAGUACAAUGCAAGCAAGAAAAUAACAAACAUGAUGUCGGUUUGUUAACCGAAUAUUACCAUAUAGCAAUUAAUCAACACAUUCAUAACUGAAAAAAGUAGGAACGUAGAAAUUGGGUUGUACACUAAAUGAAUGCAAAGCGAAUGCUGUAUAUUUACUGUCUAUCACGCUAAAUUCAUACAUAGGGAUGAAGUACUGUAUAAAUAUUGAAAUAAAAUGUGAUCUCCACAUUUUUAGCUUGUCCCAACAAAAUUGAAAAUUUAAACUAAGAAAGUUGCGUAACGUAAAGUAUUUCAUUAUGUAAUAAUUGAAAUUUACAAAAACUAACAUGUGAUUAGUAACACACAUACACAUAUUGCAAAUAUACUUUAUUUUUUAUAUCAAAACAAUCAAUAACAGCCUGAUGUAUCAUAAGACUCUCUUUCUCGCUGUUUAUCAAUUAAAACCUCUCGUAAAGUACAUUUUACCAAUAUUUAAAAUUUAUUUAUUAUAUGAAUAUAUUAACAAGGUAAAUUGUGCUUUUAAAAAAUGUAUUUAACAGUUUCGUGGUUGUGGAGAUUGUUAAGCUUCUGAUUGAAAUCAUGAACCGAUUGAUGUUAGACCACCAUUGAGAACCUAUUAUCCUAUUGUGGGACUCCUCAGCAGUGUGUAUCCACGAUCCCGCUCGCGGGAUUCGAACCCGGGGCCUUCGGUCUUGCGCGCGAACGCCUAACCUACUGGACCACUGAGCCGGGAUACAAUGGUGUUAAUGUCUAACGUCAACCAAUCCACGAAGUUGCGUGAACAUCUUCCAUUGUACUGAGGUAGACACCUGUUUCUACACGACACGGAUUACCUUCACUGGUCACGACUUCUCACCAGAACUCCGAGAAUUUUCUCACGAAACUAGUUACUAGUGAGCACAUGAAUUUUAGUCAGUCUUUAUGAUAUAUUCUGUGUGGAGUGAUUUAAUAUAACCAUUUUGUCAUAUGUUUGAUAGAACAGAUGGAUUUUGGCUAGCAAUGGAAUUUAGGAUACUCAUUUCAUCAUCAUCAUCAUCAUCAUCAUCAUCAUCAUCAUCAUCAUCAUCAUCAUCAUCAUCAUCAUCAUCAUCAUCAUCAUCAUCAUCAUCAUCAUCAUCAUCAUCAUCAUCAUCAUCAUCAUCAUCAUCAUCAUCAUCAUCAUCAUCAUCAUCAUCAUCAUCAUCAUCAUCAUCAUCAUCAUCAUCAUCAUCAUCAUCAUCAUCAUCAUCAUCAUCAUCAUCAUCAUCAUCAUCAUCAUCAUCAUCAUCAUCAUCAUCAUCAUCAUCAGAAGCAUCAUCAUCAGAAGCAUCAUCAUCAUCAUCAUCAUCAUCAUCAGAAGCAUCAUCAUCAUCAUCAUCAGAAGCAUCAUCAUCAUCAUCAUCAUCAUCAGAAGCAUCAUCAUCAUCAUCAUCAUCAUCAUCAUCAGAAGCAUCAUCAUCAUCAUCAUCAUCAGAAGCAUCAUCAUCAUCAUCAUCAUCAGAAGCAUCAUCAUCAUCAUCAUCAUCAUCAGAAGCAUCAUCAUCAUCAUCAUCAUCAUCAGCAUCAUCAUCAUCAUCAUCAGAAGCAUCAUCAUCAUCAUCAUCAUCAGAAGCAUCAUCAUCAUCAUCAUCAUCAGAAGCAUCAUCAUCAUCAUCAUCAUCAGAAGCAUCAUCAUCAUCAUCAUCAUCAUCAGAAGCAUCAUCAUCAUCAUCAUCAUCAGAAGCAUCAUCAUCAUCAUCAUCAUCAUCAUCAUCAUCAGAAGCAUCAUCAUCAUCAUCAUCAGAAGCAUCAUCAUCAUCAUCAUCAUCAGAAGCAUCAUCAUCAUCAUCAUCAUCAUCAGAAGCAUCAUCAUCAUCAUCAUCAUCAGAAGCAUCAUCAUCAUCAUCAUCAUCAUCAUCAUCAUCAGAAGCAUCAUCAUCAUCAUCAUCAUCAUCAUCAGAAGCAUCAUCAUCAGAAGCAUCAUCAUCAUAUUUAGGACUUGUCAGAUGA